AUGAGAAACGUUAGGCGCAAAAGCAUAAGAUCGUGCGAAUUGUGCCGUAAGAGAAAACUGAGAUGUGACGGGAAAAGACCAAGAUGUUCUACAUGUGUACGUAAGAAAUCGUCUGAGUGCACCUACGCCAUUGGAUUUGAGCAGGACGUGGAAUUUAGGGAAAAAUUGAAAGCAUUAAAAGAAGCCAAGCUUUUGGAGGACGUGAAGCUGCUGGAGAAGCGCCUGGAAUCAGGAGGUGGCGUUGUUUGUGAACUUUCUAGAGAUGUAAACCUAAUCCAUGAGUAUGGGCCGUGCAAUGUCGUAUUGGCGAAUAAAUCGACGGUAUACCGGAUGUCCUCUCACUCAGUAACGCCGGAUAUAGGUGAGAAAUCAAAUAUUAAUGUGUUGGAUGAUUUCCACAUUUUACAAUGUAAAGAAGAUGGCAGAAGAAUAUAUUAUGGACCAACUUCCGUAAAAACAUUCAUGGCAAAGAGUAAAUGGGGAAUGCUAGAAAGAUUUCGUCAAACCUGGUGUGUUGUGAAGGUUACCAGAAGCAAGUGGAAGAAGCUAAACGGCAGAAAUAUGAUAGACGAGAUAAAGUGUAUAGAAAGGCACCUACAGAGUUCAAAUCCAUUAUUAUGUAAUUCACUUCAAGAUGCUUGUCACGCUCUGCCUCCCUAUGAAAAGAUUCGAUCUCAUAUAGAACUGUUUUUUCAAGAUAAAGUUCUAUUUCAGAUUAGUGAUGUUAUUGACCAAGAAAAGGUUUUGAAGGACUUUUUCGAGGAAUUUGUACCAGAUAAACUAUCUUGCGCAUCUGAACAGCGUGUAAUAAGUUUAUGUCCUGUGAAGAAAAAGAACUAUUACAAAAUAGGUGUCAUCCUCAUGAUACUAGGCUUUACAUAUUUUUACGAAACGAUACCAGAAACAAUCCAAAAAUUUUUGAUUCUAUUGACGGGCAUAUCUACGGCUAAAUGUAUGUACAUUGAACGAGCACAGUUUCUAAUGUUGCGAUUGCAUCACCUAUCAAGGUAUUCUUCUACUGGAGAAGACAACAAUAAUGAAAUGAUCAUAGUUGACUCGCUAAUAAACACCAGUUCUUUGUUGGGUCUCAAUCACAAUAUUAGCGUAUUGUAUGAUGGCCAAGAAGAUCUAGUAGGAAACCUGAGUACAUUAACAAAACUAAGAGAUUGGGUUCUUUUUGCAGAUGUUCAGAUGGCAUUUCAAUUAGGAAGGCCUUUGUUAAUUUCCGCAACAGAAUUAGAUUAUUAUAAUGAUAGUAAUAAUAUCAUAGGCAACCCCUUAGAAACUACAGAACCUUCAUUUUAUAGUCUUUUCAGAAAGUUCCUAAGGAUAUCGCGUUGUAUAAUAUCUGAAAUUCAUGAUAAAGCUGUCGUGCCCAAUCUAAAGAAGAUGUGUGCGACUUUAACAGAAUUUAUUGAACAGUAUUUACACCCUAUCAGUGACUAUACAUCGCCUUGCUCUAUGAAAAAGGAAUAUAUCUGCGAAACAGGAAUUCUUUUUCAAAUUCUAUCGAUGUUAUUAUCAUUAUACAAUCUUCGCUAUUUGGCAUUCUCAGAGAUGAGUGUAGGUCUCAAAAAUUCUGUUAUAAAGACCUCGUUGGUAUCUCUUUCUCUUUGUACAUGUUUGACAUCUUAUUGUUUUGAGCAAGAUGCUAAGAACUUUCCAGGAUUGUUUCAGUCAAAUUCAAAACAUGUUGCACCGUAUUUUUCUCUAUCAUUAUCACUGAGUAGUGAAUUGUCUUAUCGGGCUCUCAUCACAUUCUAUGCCCUAGUGUAUAAUACUCUAACGUUAUCUCAAAGUGGUCUGAUAUGUUCAGCUGGUGAGCACUCGGUCAAAAAAUGUGACUUGAAAACUUUACAUAUUAAUGAAACGGCAAACAUAUCAUUUUCAGUUUACUUUAAAGUUUUCUGUGAAAUUGUCAACCGUAUGUCUAAUAAUGAGAACGCUAGGUUUCGGCAGCUGAGCCGCCGAUCAUAUGCUUUUGUUACUAUGUUGACACUAGCAAAUUCUUGUCGAAACACUAUAAAGAAGACAUUAGAGAAUAAGGAUUGUGAAAAGAAGCCAUGGAUUUCGCCGCUUCAGCAAUUUCCUAGUCUCGAAUUUUUCGAAAAGAAUGUAUACCACACUCUGGAAAGUAGACAUUAUAUUGAUCCGUCAACACCUGCUCAUGCUAUUGAAGAAGACUCAAACCCACCUUUGGUUUCCCAACCAUUAGAAUCGGAAUCAACCUUUGAGGGUUUACUGCAUGAAAUUUCUACCCAACAAGAUGUCUCUAACUUUUUAUUUGAUGAAAAUUUCUUUUCUGAAAAUACACAGAGCGAUAUUUAG